AUGGACAUCGGCUGGGCAAUUUUAAUAAUUGGCUUUGCUGCUCUUGUUGCUGCCUUCCUCCUUCUGGUAAUUGGACUUGUGUACUCUGAGCUGAUGAAUUCAGACAUUCCUCGUGGGGUUGCAAAUAGUGGGAAACUGCACAUGGUUCAUGGCUUGUUUGUUGGCAUAGCAAUUGUGGGCCGAAUUCUUCAUCGUCUGAGUAUUUGUCAUCAGGUCAGCUUUAUCCGGUGGUUUGUGGCCUGUUUUCUGACACGCUUAAAUCCAGUUCCGGCGGGCCUGCGAGUGAAGGACCUGACGUUUUCUGAGGUCCCAGUGAGAGUCUAUGAACCCACCACCACAUGUGAUGGCCUGAGAAGAGGACUUGUGUAUUUCCAUGGAGGAGGAUGGGUGUUGGGCAAUAUAGAUUCUGUUGAUGAAAUCUGUCGGCACAUCGCCAAGGAGUCAGACACCACUGUCGUUUCUGUCGGCUACAGAUUAGCCCCUGAGCACAGGUACCCCGCCCAGCUGGACGAUUGUGAGACAGCCACAUGUCACUUCCUGUCUGUGGCUGAGGCAGAGUUUAGCGUGGACGCUCGCAGAGUGGCAGUCGGAGGGGACAGCACUGGGGCUAACCUGGCAGCCGCACUGUGCCAAAGGCUGGCGAGGAGAGAGGUCGGACAUCUGCCGUUCCCCUGCGCUCAGGUCCUCAUCUACCCAGCCCUGCAGAUGGCAGAUUUCAACCUGCCCUCAUACCAGCAAAAUCAUGCUGUGCCCAUAUUGUUUCGUGGCCGUAUGGCGUUCUACUUCCUGCAGUACGUCAAUGGGGACAUGUCUCUGUGCCAGGACGUGUUGGAAGGCAUCCAUGUCCCCACUGAGCUCAGGCCACGCUAUCAGAAGUGGCUCUCCCCUUCCAACCUUCCCCCCGAGUCCCUCGCAAGGGGUUUCCAUGAGCCCCCAACCCCAGAAUACGACGGGGAGGUGUAUCACUCAAUCAAAGCUGGUUUGGAACAUGAGGUCUCACCUUUACUGGCGGAUGAUGAUGUCAUUCAGAAAACCCCGCCCACUUUCAUCCUCACCUGUGAGUACGACGUCCUGAGGGACGAGGGGAUUCUUUACAGGAAACGACUGCUGGACUUGGAAAAGGACGUCACCUGGAAACACGUGAUGGAAGGUUUUCAUGGAAUGAUUAACUUUUUCAACCAGGGUUGGCUCAACUUUCCCUCAGCGGUGCAGGUUGUGGAUCGCGUUGUUGACUAUAUAAAAACACUGUGAAGACCAUUAUCACCAUGCUUUAUUCUACUUCACUGUGUUUUACAUUUUAAUAAACAAAACUUCUUUACCAAGAGUUUUUCCUCAUCAUUAAAAACUUAUAGUGUUAACGAAGGACAAAAAAACCUGACGCAAAUAAACAAAUAAACAAAAUAUUUUGCAUUGCAAAAAUGAAAAAUAGCCAGAGUACACAAUAUCUGGGAAAACAAAUUCUGGCACCAUUUUAACAAUAUAGAGCAGGGGUCGGCAACCUUUAGUAAAAGAGCCAUUAUUGGCCAAAAAGUGAGAAAACAUGUUGGAGUGGAGCCACAAACCUUAUUUUGCGCCCUGCAAUGAAGAUAAAA